AGAGCGGCGCGCGGGCUUGAGGUGGGAGGGGACGGCGAAGAUGGCGUCGGAGAGCGAGCUGGGCAGGAAGUGGGACCGGUGCCUGGCGGACGCCGCCGUUAAGCUGGGUGCUGGAUUUGGAUUAGGAAUCGUUUUCUCAGUCAUCUUCUUCAAAAGAAAGACAUGGCCUAUUGCUUUUGGGUCAGGGAUGGGGUUAGGAAUGGCUUAUUCCAAUUGUCAGCAUGACUUUCAGUCUCCAUAUCUUCUCCAUGGCAAAUUUGUAAAAGAACAGUGACUAAUGGCUAAGACUAUCCCAGUGGGAAGGAAGGAGAAAUCAAUGAUUAUUCCUCAGGAAUACUGAAGUGCCCCUGGAAUAAGCCAACAUUCUUCAAUAACGAUCACCAGUAACUCUUUAUACUCCAACAAACUGUUUCUGUACAUGAAACAAAGUUUUGUUCGUUGUUUUGUAUCUUGUGUCUGGAAAGUGCAAGGAAGAGCUCUUCUGGGAAAUAAAUAAAGCAAAAAUGGCCUUUU